AUGUUUGAAAGGUUUCGAGGCAUUCUUCAUGAAGGUGAAAUAGACAAGCGUGUGCAGUUUCUCAUUGAAGGCCUUUUUGCUAUUAGAAAGGCUAAAUUUCAGGGUUUCCCGGCCAUCCGUCCAGAACUGGAUCUUGUUGAGCUGGAGGACCAAUGUACUCAUGAUAUGUCCUUUGAAACUGUGCUAGACCCUGAGACUAACCUAAAUGUUUUCAGAGUAAACCCAAACUUCGUUGAAGAUGAAAAGGCUUAUGAGAGCCUAAAGAAAAGUAUCCUCGGAGAUGAAAUGGAGGAAGAUGAAGAAGGGUCUGAUGAUGCUUCUCAUGACGAGAAUGAAGAAGAAUCUGAUGAUGACGAUGAUGAAGAACAGAUGGAGAUAAGAGAUAAAACUGAGACCAAUCUUAUCAACCUUCGGAGAACCAUAUAUUUGACAAUCAUGUCCAGUGUUGAUUUUGAGGAAGCUGGUCACAAGCUUUUAAAGAUUAAACUUGAGCCUGGUCAAGAGAUGGAGCUGAACAUCAUGCUUCUUGAGUGUUGCAGUCAAGAGAGAACUUACCUUCGAUAUUAUGGCUUAUUAGGACAACGGUUUUGCAUGAUCAAUAAAGUUUUUCAAGAAAACUUUGAAAAAUGCUUUGUGCAACAGUAUUCGAUGAUACAUCGUCUCGAAACAAAUAAGUUGAGGAAUGUGGCCAAGUUCUUCGCACAUUUGUUGGGGACUGACGCCCUUCCUUGGCAUGUUUUGGCGUACAUCAGGUUGACAGAGGAAGACACCACAUCGUCUUCCCGAAUUUUUAUAAAGAUUCUUUUCCAGGAAUUGUCAGAGCAUCUGGGUAUACGCUUACUUAAUGAGAGACUAAACGAUCCAAACAUGCAAGAUUCCUUUGAGUCAGUCUUUCCGAGAGAUCAUCCCAAGAAUACUUGGUUCUCCAUAAAUUUCUUCACCUCCAUUGGUCUUGGAGGUAUCACAGAGAGCCUGCGAGAGUACCUGAAGAACAUGCCCCGGUUUAUAAUGCAGCAACAGAUGCCUGCGUCAUCUGAGUUGGAAUCAGGUGGAGAAAGCUCUGAUUCGGGAUCUAGUUCCGAGUUGGAAUCAAGCUCUGAUGAGAGUGACAAGAAACGGAGCAAGAGAAGGAAGAGGAGCUAAGUACAACUUCACCCGUGCUUACUGGCUGCAACUGUAUAGUCAGUUUUGUUAAGAUCAGCUGUCUAGUUGGAUCAUUGUGUACGCAUGUGUAUUUGUCAGAUCUAGCUGUUGUUGCCUGUUACAUUCAGGAAUCAAGCGUAUUCAGACAGAUGUGGUGUGAAGGAUUAGACGGCCUUGAUCAUGUAGCGUGACUUGUCAAGGCAACAAAAGCCACUAUGAUCCUAAUACGGCCCAUCUUCUUCAUAAUUUUUUGUCAGUGCGAGUCUUGUAUCUUAAAGUUUGUUAAUUUACCGGUCUAUAUGUUUGGUACAGCACUGGAAUAAUUUGUCUGUUUUAAAGAGGUUCUGAUAUUCUUGAUACCUGAAUGGAUAGAUUUUUGAUUCUU